AUGCUGACCCGCCUGUUCAGCGAGCCCGGUCUCCUCUCGGACGUGCCCAAGUUCGCCAGCUGGGGCGACGGCGACGACGACGAGCCGAGGAGCGACAAGGGCGACGCGCCGCCGCCACCUCCGCCUCCGCCGGGGCCGGGGGCUCCGGGGCCCGCCCGGGCCGCCAAGCCCGUCCCUCUCCGUGCUGACGAGGUGCCGGAGGCCGCGCUGGCCGAAGUCAAGGAGGAAGGCGAGCUGGGGGGCGAGGAGGAGGAGGAAGAGGAGGAAGAGGAAGGGCUGGACGAGGCAGAGGGCGAGCGGCCCAAGAAGCGCGGGCCCAAGAAGCGCAAGAUGACCAAGGCGCGCCUGGAGCGCUCCAAGCUGCGGCGGCAGAAGGCGAACGCGCGCGAGCGCAACCGCAUGCACGACCUCAACGCGGCGCUGGACAACCUGCGGAAGGUGGUGCCCUGCUACUCCAAGACCCAGAAGCUGUCCAAGAUCGAGACACUGCGCCUCGCCAAGAACUACAUCUGGGCGCUCUCUGAGAUUCUGCGCUCGGGCAAGCGGCCCGACCUGGUGUCCUACGUGCAGACGCUGUGCAAGGGCCUGUCGCAGCCCACCACCAACCUGGUGGCCGGCUGCCUGCAGCUCAACUCGCGCAACUUCCUCACCGAGCAGGGCGCCGACGGCACAGGCCGCUUCCACGGCUCGGGCGGCCCAUUCGCCAUGCACCCUUACCCGUACCCGUGCUCGCGCCUGGCGGGCGCCCAGUGCCAGGCGGCGGGCGGCCUGGGCAGCGGCGCGGCGCACGCCCUGCGGACCCACGGCUACUGCGCCGCCUACGAGACGCUGUACGCCGCGGCGGGCGGCGGCGGCGCGAGCCCGGACUACAACAGCUCCGAAUACGAGGGCCCGCUCAGCCCCCCGCUCUGUCUCAAUGGCAACUUCUCGCUCAAGCAGGACUCGUCGCCCGACCACGAGAAGAGCUACCAUUACUCUAUGCACUACUCGGCGCUGCCCGGCUCGCGGCCCACCGGCCACGGGCUGGUCUUCGGCUCGUCGGCUGUGCGCGGGGGCGUCCACUCGGAGAAUCUCUUGUCUUACGAUAUGCACCUUCACCACGACCGGGGCCCCAUGUACGAGGAGCUCAACGCGUUUUUCCAUAACUGA